AUGGGCGUGAUCUUGGUUCCGCUCUUUGGAAUCCUCUGUGCCAUUUGCACGUCCACGUCCACCUCGGCUGUGAACCCGCGCACAAUCUCAACAGAGAUGCGUUGUGGAUUGGCAGUCGACGCCUCGGCAAAGAACUACCGGACCACGUUCGCGUAUCUUCCACCAUCUUACUCCAUCUGGCCUGAUGCUAUAUUCGCCGGCACCAGUAGGCCUACGGAUCUGACCCUGGGUGACCAAGACUGGUUCCAUGUAUCCUGGGAGACAUCAGUAGACGAAGUUGUCUCGGGAGGUGACAGCUCGACACAGUGCUUCUAUUUCGACCCUCCGGUCGACGUGGCCCGUCUCGUUGGACACGCUUUGGCCUGA